UCUGUUUUCUCUGCGGCUCACAGCUCGCUUUAGUCUCAGCUGCUGCAACCUGACUUUCGGCCGGAGUGCCGCCGAGCAAACAGCUCCGAGCUGACGGGCCGAGUGUACAGUCUGUCAGUGAGAGUACCGCGUGGGAGGGCGUGUAACAUCCACGGAGUGAAGACCUGGAUCAGCGAGCGCCGCUUUCAUCCCCCGACCUCGGCUAACAGUGGCUAAGGUAGCGGCUUCCAUUAUCGGACGCGGAGCUUCUGACGCAGCUGAAAAUCCGUUAGUUUGCUCCCAGAUACGGAGCUGAAACUCUGAGGAAGAGGAGCUGAGCUCGGGGCCGCUGCAGCCCACCGUGGGAGCCGUUUGAACGGAGGUCCUUGGAGUUCCUGCUGCUCAGCUACAGCUAAAGCUUCACUUAACAGGUGAGCUGCUCCUGUUUGGAGAUCUCCUUGAAUCAGUGGGUUUUUGAAUGGACUGGUUGGAGCUCAGCUGCUCCUUCUUCUUCUGUCCCGUGUGUUUGUCGUCCUGUGGAGUGCAGCAGUGAUGUGUUCAGGUGAAUGAUUGAGCAGUUCACAGAGGACACAUGACACCUGUCCUCAGGUGUCUGCUGACAUCAGCAGCAGUUCCAGCAGUAAUGUAAGGCCAUGCUCGCUCACCCACCAUGGCCAGUGUCACGCUGCGGUACUUCUGCUAUGGCUGUCUCGUCACUUCAGCCACCUGGUCCGUCCUCCUUUUCCUCUAUUUCUCCAUGGGGGCGGAGCCUGACCACAGCAGGACCCCCAUGAGGCACCGCAGCCAGCCAAUCACCAGAGGCGUUGCUGAUCGUCGUGCAGGGCGACGCCCCCUGCCGGCCAGUAAGGGAGUGGCGCUUUCUCCGGAGAUGGGGAUGAUUUUUAACGAAGCGGAUCAGGAGGUCAGGGACACCGGCUACCAUCGACACGCCUUCAACGUCCUCAUCUCCAACAGACUGGGCUACCACAGAGAGCUGCCCGACACCAGAGACUCCCAGUGUCGGGAGAAGGCUUAUCCCCUGGCUCUACCUUCUGCCAGCGUAGUGAUCUGUUUCUUCAACGAGGCGUUCUCCGCCCUGCUCAGGACCGUGCACAGCGUGCUGGACCGCACGCCGGCCUAUCUGCUGCACGAGAUCAUUCUGGUCGACGACCACAGCGAGCUGGAGGAGCUGAAGGAUGACUUGGAGCGCUACGUCAGAGAGGAGCUGCAGGGGAAAGUCAUACUGGUGAGGAACCAGAGGAGGGAAGGACUCAUCAGAGGACGCAUGAUCGGAGCUUCGCACGCUACAGGUGAGGUGCUGGUCUUCCUGGACAGCCACUGCGAGGUGAACCAGGCGUGGCUGCAGCCUCUGCUGGCGCCCAUCCAGAAGGACCGCCGCACCGUCGUCUGCCCCGUCAUUGACAUCAUCUCCGCCGACACUCUCGCCUACUCGCCCUCCCCCAUCGUCAGGGGCGGCUUCAACUGGGGGCUGCACUUCAAGUGGGACCCCGUACCCCCCUCCGAGCUCAGCGGGCCCGAGGGAGCAUCCGGACCCAUCAGGUCCCCCACCAUGGCAGGCGGGCUGUUUGCUAUGAACAGGAAGUAUUUUAACGAGCUCGGCCAGUACGACGCCGGCAUGGACAUCUGGGGCGGAGAGAACCUGGAAAUCUCGUUCAGGAUCUGGAUGUGCGGCGGUCAGCUGUUCAUCAUCCCGUGCUCCAGAGUCGGCCAUAUCUUCAGGAAGCGCCGGCCCUACGGCUCGCCGGGCGGCCAGGACACCAUGGCCCACAACUCUCUGCGACUGGCACACGUGUGGAUGGAUGAGUACAAGGAGCAGUAUCUCUCUUUGCGUCCAGAGCUGCGCAACCGGAGUCACGGUGACAUCAGCGAGCGCGUGGCAUUGAGGAAGCGGCUGCAGUGUCACUCGUUCCGCUGGUACCUGGACACGGUCUACCCCGAGAUGCAGACCGCCGCCAACAGCAACAAGCAGAAGCCGCUGUUCAUCAACAAGGGCCUGAAACGGCCCAAAGUCCUGCAGCGAGGACGGCUCCGGAACCUCGCCACCGGCCGCUGCCUGGUGGCCCAGGGCAGAGCCAGUCAGAAGGGCGGAGCCGUCGUCCUGCGGCCGUGUGAGCCCCGAGACCCUGAGCAGGACUGGGCGUACGACGAGGAGGGUCAGCUCAUCCUGGCAGGUCUGCUGUGUCUGGAUGUGUCUGAGGUCAGGACCUUUGACCCCCCGAGGCUGAUGAAAUGUCACGGUUCGGGGGGGUCACAGCAGUGGAGCCUGGGGAAGUCAAACCGGAUCUAUCAGGUCUCCGUCGGCCAGUGUCUCGCCGUCUCCCAGCCAAUCGGACCGAAGGGUUAUGUCUCCAUGGCGAUAUGUGACGGCUCGCAGACGCAGCAGUGGCAGCUGGAGGGCUGAGUAGGGCGCUGGGCGCUGCUUCAGAGACAAUCAGCAGUUUCAAGGAUUUCAGCAGCUCAGGGCGCCGUUUCUAACCUGCUGAUUUUAUCAUUUCUGUUUUAAAUGUUCGGUUUGAGCUCCGGCAGCCUGCGCGGACACCGUCCUGGAUCCUCCUGGAAAACCCUGGAGUGAGGAGUCGUGGUCGGACUGUUUUUACUGAUUCAGUGAUUCGAUGUUUACUUGAUAUCAUCAUGAUUGCAGGUCAUAUCUGGAGCCGUGUGCUCGCUUUUUAAUCUGUCACUUCCUCAUCAAUCGACCUUUGUCACGUGACCUCUGAGGGGUGCCCGCUGGGUCCUCCGUCCUCAAACGCACGCCGCCGUCCGCCGCUCUCACACGUGACAUGACUCAGCAGGUUUUACUGUAGAGUUUUUAUCCUUUCCUCCACAAACAGGAAGCGCUUUAUGUAACGAGUGUAAACCAAAGCAGCGCGGUCUCCAGCGGGCCCCCCUCAGACGGCUGCUCCUCACAUGCUGUGAGCCGGCUGAUCCUUCCUGCUGCUCUGACGGAUGCUGCCGACACUAAAUUCCCUCUCAGGCUUCCUGCAGCUCGUUAAAAUGAAGGAGAAUCAAGUCUUCAGCUGUUUUAUGAUGUUCACACUAAAAUCGCAGCCUUUCCCUCGACAGCACGAGUCUUCAUGGAUCUCUGGUUGUUCUGCAGGUUCACUGAAGUCUCCAUAAAUCCUGCAACAUUUCAGAUGAUCCUACACGACCUGUGCCGCUCGCUCCUGCUGCUGUCUGUGCUCGUUAACCCUCGCCGAGGCCUCAGUAUACCCGCCGCAUGAGUCGCUCUGCUGGUGACGCCAUCACGCAGCCGUUGCAGUGCAGGUACCACAGCAGUGUUCACCUGAACAGGUGUCACCACUCAGAACCUCCACAAACAAAUCGUAGAGUUUUUUUCAAAGUUUUCCAGAAAGUUGCGUCUUUUCAAACUGCUGCAACAGAAAUCGUCUUCGACACGUCUGUGGCGCCACAGAAGGUGCGCUAGAAGGUGCACGAGCAACACAGACAGCAGAUCGUGAUGGGAUGUGACGUCAACUGUGUCGCACGGCGGGUAUAACGAGGCCUUAAUGGAUCCGAUGCAGGUUAACGUCACGUUUCCAGCUGCUGACAGGUGACCAUCAUCACCAGCAGAUCUGGAGCAGGCGCAGCAGCCAGGUAUAAAAUGACAGCAGUUCAUGUAUUAAGUUACUCAGAUCCAUGAGCUAAACUAAGGAGGAGCGAAUGUGUCUAAAAAUAAAUAAUAAAAACUUUAAACAACAUUUCAACACUGCAGUCGAUCUUUAAUAUUUUUAAGUUUACUCCCUCAGAACAGAAACCUGGUCCUUCCUCUCAGAGCUUCAUGUGAUGCUUUCUGCUCCUGCGUUUCAGGUAAACAUCUGGACAAAGUCAUUAUUUCAUAAACCUGCAAAGCAAAUACACGU